AUGAAAAGGCAGAAAUCACAGCCGCUUUUAACCCAGUUUGGGUUCAAACAGCAAAGAAAGGAGAUUGCAGGUAUGAAACACUUUUUAAAAUGCAAAUGUUCGCCGGGUUCCUGUUUACAAUCCCCCAGUCCAUCAGAAAAUAAGUAUUGGUGCAUGUUAUGAAUGAAACAUUGCUUGAAAACAAUAUUGUAUCGCUUAGGUUGAAUUAUUUAUUGUCAACAAGGCGAUUUAUAAGGGAUGCUUUUAUUUAUUCAACGCUUGGUUUCGUGAGGCGCCGUUUCGAGAAUGAACUGGCAGACUCUGGCGAUUAAAUAAAUUUUAUGCCGACACAAAUUUGGUCACAUUUAACUUUUUAUAUAAGCCAGGCAUUUUUAAGAUUUUUGUGAGACUUAAAGUUUCAUUUCAAGUCUUCAUAAUCAGUAAAGCGGGUGAAACUGAAUGUUUUACAGUUCUUUAUGGAAAAUUAAUUUUAUACGAAGCCGACACAGCCAGACUAGUCGCGACAUAAGUCGCGCCACAUGUUACGGCCCGCUUAACAUAUAUGAGUUUUACUGAAAUUGAUUGUUUAGCAAAGCAUUGUUCUUCUGAUAACUAAAAAAACAGUUAAAACAGUUGUGCCCGCGGAAUAAAAUUGAUUUAUCUAAUCGAUUGAAAUUUUGGCUAACAAUGCAUUAUUUAUGGAGCUUGUAUGUCGCGCUAAAAAAUAAAUUUAAUCUCCGCCUUUAACUCAAAUUUUGUAUACGUGAGGUCAUAUACGUGAGCGCGAAAUAACUAUGCUUGGUUUAUUUAACGCGUUGGUCAUGGGGGAUAAAUGGUACACAUUGUCAACAUCGAUACAUAUUCUCACUGCUUUCGUUAGAUGCACCAGACACGGAAGGGUCUUCUGCAACGCCUAGUACGUCCUUAAACUUCGAAGAUGCCGAAAGUUUGCCCGUCAAUGUGUUACGCGACUGCCAAGAAAUCUCUGUGACCGCAGCCCCUACCAACCACGCUGAAGGUAAACGAACUUUUUAUUACAAUUCGUGAUAUUUCUUUCUUUUUUUGAGAGUAGCCUUCUCUAGUUGGUGGUUUGCAUCACACACUGAAGAAAAAGGUAAAGAAUCUUACAUGUAUUUUCCUCCCACAGAUACUGUGUGUAUACAGUCAGAGAGUGAUAUCACGAACAGUUUCACUGAAGAACAGCAGACGAAGAAAAUUCAUCACUACAUUCUCUGCAAAAAGCGUGACUGCUUGGGUGUGUCUCAAGAAGAAAGAGCACGCAUCAAAACAACCAAAAAGAAGCAGAUGUUUAAUCACAGCCUUAUCUUUAAUAAGGAUUUGGCCUAUAGCCCUAAAGUACAGAUGUGGUGGCUCGUUUACAUCGAAGGAGAAGGUCAAUACUGUCUGAUCUGCAAGAAGUUUGAUUCCAAGAAUCCCCAAAACAAAAAGGAAUUUUUUUCUGCAGAACCAAGCACAAGGUUAAAGAAAGAUUGCCUCGAGGAGCACAUUGCAACAAAGAGACACAAAGAUGCAAUCACUGCCAUUCUUAUGAACAGGUUCUCAGUUUUCCAGAAAGAGCUCGAUCAUAAUGCUGAAGUUCAGGUUGAUGUGUAUGAAAGAGUUUUCUAUUGCCUUUACUGGUUGGCAAAGGAGGAUAUAGCAAAUGUCAAGGUUAAGAGUCUGUUAAAGUUGGUUGCGAAGCUGGGGUGUGAUAUGAGUGGCUUUAAUCACACAUCAGUAGGUUCCUUUCGCAACAUGUUGCUUCUUCUUGGUGAAAUGAUUCAAAAUGAAGUCAUUUCUGCUGUAACUGGGCCAUUUGGGGUGAUGGUUGAUGACAUGACUGACAUUGCAAAUUUGGAGCAAAUGAUUGGUUUCAUCCAGUAUUAUAACAGGGGUAGCGAAAAGGUUGAGGUGAAAUUUUUGUGUUUGGAAAAUGUUCUCGCCAGCUCUGACGCAGCAGAUUCUUUAACCAUCACAAGCAUCCUUCUGGAAGUCAUUGAGAAACACAGUCUCAAUUUUGACUGGUUUAAAAGCUUUGUGUCAGAUGGAGCAAGUGUCAUGGUGGGAGAAAGGUCAGGUGUAGCUACCAGGCUGAAAGCAGAUGAAAGAAUCCAGUCGUUAAUAUCUGUCCACUGUGUUUGUCACAAACUAGCGCUGGCGUGUACCGACACUUUAAACGAUCUUGCCACAAUAAAGAAGAUGCAGAACACACUAAACACCCUUUGGCAACUCCUUGACAACUCGAACAAGAAGACAGCCAUUUUCCUGAAAGUUCAACUUGAGGUGAGUGAAAUAACUCUCUCAAACAAGAAUUCGCAGAAGAAGAUAGCUAAGAAGCUGAAGAAGGCCUGUCAGACACGAUGGCUGUCAUUUCACGCUGCCGUUCAAUCCGCUUGGGAGAGCUUCUCUGCCAUCAUCCAGUUCCUUAUCAGGAUGAAAGAUGAGGGACCCCACAUGCCAGGGCCUGUUAGUUCAAAUGAACAACGUCCGCUUCCUGGCUUGCUUGUAUGUUUUUAAAGCAUGUGCUUCCUGUUCUUGACAACCUGUCAAAAUCGUUUCAGCAUUCUACUGUCAAUUUCAGUCACCUUAAACCAGAAAUUGUUCGUGCUAAGGCAGCGCUGGAUGAAGUGGCAACCAAAGAAGUCCCCAUCAAGCAAUUUUGCCAAGAUAUCAAGGAAGGAAAGAUGGUGCUGCUGCAGUUUUCCCCUUCUGAGCAUCAGCUUGCAUCCAUGCGAAAUUUGUUGCUCAAGUAUGUCUCUGCUUUGAAGGAAAACAUCGACCUGAGGUUUCAGAACACCCUCCCUCUUCUGGGAGCGCUCUCCAUCUUUGAUCCAACUCUUAUUCCUGCAAGCUCUUCAGAACUUCCCUCUUACGGAGUAGAUUCUAUCCAAGUUCUUGCCAAGCACUACUUCCCCGACCAACAAGACCGACUUUUGGCAGAGUGGAAUAUAUUAAAGUACCACAUGAAGGAGAUGGCCAUUCCAGCUGAUGUAAAAGAAGGCAAGACUACCAUGCCAGCAGAGUGGUGCAUGUCCCAGCUAAUGAAACAAAGAUCUUCUUUCCUUUCUCUUCUCCCUCUCCUCAUGCAC